AUGAAAUCAUUAUCAAUUACAUGUUCAUUAUGUUUAUGGAAUGGUUUAUUCAAAGACUAUGAAGAACAUCUAAAAACAACUCAUACGAAUCCAGCAUGUGAAUUUUGUGGAGAAAAAUUUGAUUCAAAGAUUCGACUUGAUGAACACAAACAAAAACUAUGUACUAAAAUUAUUGUACCUUGUGCACUUAAGGAAUAUGGUUGUUCGAACUCAGUCUGUCGAGCUCAAUUACAAGACCAUUAUUUGAGUUAUAUUCAUCAAAAAAUACUAGCUAGUAUUAUGCAUCGCUUUGCAUCGAGAACAACAAAUGAUCAACAUGAACAAGGAUCAGGGAUGGAUGUUGAUGUCGGACAAAGUGCUCCUAGCUCAAUCACUACUACGACAAACGAAAAUGUACGUCCACAAAUGCAAGAAGUAUACGAAACAAUAAAUAUUCUUGCUAAUGAGACCUAA